UGUAAAAGGAAGCAAAAACGGAUAACUCGAGGUGAAAGGAGUCGCGAAAACCAAAAUUGGUUAUCGAGCGGCGACACCUGAGCUAAAGUCUAAUGAAUGAAUCAUAAAACAAUGAAAAAAGUCAAACAAUAAAUAACAGAAUAUAAAGAAGUGAAAAAUCGAGACGACCUGAAUCCAAGAGACGCUCGAGACACAGAAAAGCAAAACCAAAAACGACUCCAAGCACAUAUGUGCGAGUAACUAUGGGAACGGCAGCAGGAAUGCAGUACAGUGCGAUGACAGGAUACCGAACCGAUAUCGCAGCGUUAUGGAAUUGAUAGUUAUUUAACAGAUUUUAAAUAUAUCCCGGUAGGGAUAUUAUGCCGAUAACACGGCGUAAUCAUAGUUAUAAAUGUUUGCCAAGAGUUCGAAUAAGAUUGCAUGAAGAUUGUAAGUGCUGGGGUGCAAGAAGAUUGCAAGAGCUGGGGUACUGUCGACUCUGGGAGGUUGUGGACCUAGUCAAGUAUUCUGCUGGCAGUGCCGAGGGAAAGUCAGUAAGCACAUCAAACAGAUGUGCUGGAGAAAGACAGGGAAUUUUGAGAUUUGCUCAGCGAAAAGCGAGGUACAAAAAGAUUGGAUUUGGUCGAAGAGCGUGUGUUGUGUUCAUGCACAGAGUGUUCAUAGUAUUUUGGAGCGUGGUUGAAUCUUUGGCACUGGCAAGCAAGCAAGCGUCAUCGGCGAAGAGUUUUGUUAAAAGAUUCGAACAGUUCGACAAAUCAUUUAUGAAAAGUAAGAAAGCCAAUGGUCCAAUGACCGAACCUUGGACAAUUCCACAGUGGAUGGGCAACAUCGGAGACCUAUGACAUCCUACUUCAACAAACUGUGAUCGACCACUCAGGUUCAUUACUACUUGGUGAACUUCUAAUGGUGUUGAUGGCUCCAGAAAAAACGAAUUCUGUGUAGGAGCACCCAAAAAGGCUUUGAAAGAUUUCGUACUGUGUGGGACAUUAUCGGCAAGUCUCUUUCCUACGGAUGAAAAAAAUUUAUUAAAUUCAACGGAUAUCGCGACAGGGUCUGAGACUAUGGUACCAUUUUCAAGCUUCAGUUCCGAGAUAGUGGUUUCAUCAUUGGACCUUACUUUGAUGAUGUCAUUUAUAGUUUUCCAAGUGCGUUUAACAUCGCCUCUGUUGUUCUCUAGGAUAUUAUGGUAAUACAUUUGUUUUGAUCUCCUCUGCAAAUGUGUCAAAAUGUUUUUAUAUUUUUUAAAGUGGAGACGCUGGGAUAAAUUUCCCUUCAGGAACUUACUUUUGAACAUCUUGUUCUUAUGUUUAAUGGAAUUACGAAUUCCUUUAGUAAUCCAAGGUUUGGAAUAAAAUUUGUUUUCUCUACGCGAAAAUGGUCUUAAUGGGGCAUGCUUAUUGAUUAACCACUUGAAGUGACUAAGAAAAGUAUCAAAUGAGCUAUUGAAGUUUACUUCAGAUAAUAUAACACUAGUAUAAUUAUUACACAUUGACUCAACUUCUAGCCUGAACGAGUCAGCACAAAAUUUAGUCAUGUCCCGUUUCAUGCGAGUGUUUGUUUUAACGUUACUAUUAGUUGCUGGUAUUGUGCACAUUAUGGGAAAGUGGUCGGUGAGAUCACUGAGCAAAAUAAAUGACGAAGUGCGGGAAUCUAUGAUAUUAGUGUAGAUAUGGUCAAUUAAUGUGUGGGAGGUUGAGGUCACUCUGGUUGGUUUGGUGAUAAGUGGACAUAUGAAAUUGGACAUUAGCAUAUCCAGAUACUUGGUAGUAGGAUUGUCACAAGAAUUAAAAAGAUUUAUAUUGAAGUCGCCUAAUAUAAUAAAUUGCUUUUUAGCCAUCGCCAGCUUCUCAAAUAAACAAGACAUUGCUGUGGUGAAUGAUGGGAUAUUAUUUUUUGGAUGUCUAUAUAUUACACCGACAACAAGAUUUUGAAUUUUUGAGGUUGGUUGGAAAUAUUUGAGUUCGAUCCACAAGUCCUCACAGUUUGGGAGGCAAAGGCUGAAGUCAGUGCAUAAAUGAAAGUUUAGAUUGUCCCUAAUAUAAAAACCAACACCGCCUGCGCGAGUAGAGGAGGGAGCAUGAAUGAAAGUGUAACCAGAGAUAUCAAUAUUGACAACAGCAGUUUCACUCAUGAUCCUAGUCUCGCUUAGAGCAAUAAUUUGAGGUGGAAUACAAAAAUUUGAAAUUAGCUCAACUAGA